GGCUCUGAGACUAUGUGGCCAGGAGGCUAGCUGAAGCCAGCCUUUCAGCCAAUCCAUCAAGUGUCAGGCACAUGACUGAGGCCAUGUUGGACCUGUCAGACCAGUCUAGCUGCCUAGCUGCCAGUUAGAAUACUACCAGCUGACUCCAACUGAUGUCACGAAGAAGAGAGGAGUCAACCCCGUCCAAACUUCUGACUCAAAACUCACUGUGAAGACUGCUUGACAGACACUUGCAAUCCAGUCACAUAAGUGUAAGAAAGAAAUAUUGGUCCUCAUGGAAGAAGAGCAAGAUUUACCAGAACAACCCGUGAAAAAAGCCAAGAUGCAGGAAUCAGGAGAGCAAACUUUAAGUCAAGUGAGCAGCCCUGAAGUCAGUGAUCAGAAACCUGAAACUUCAAGCCUUGCUUCAAACCUUACCAUGUCAGAGGAAAUUAUGACAUGCACCGAUUACAUCCCUCGCUCAUCCAAUGAUUAUACCUCACAAAUGUAUUCUGCAAAACCUUAUGCACAUAUCCUCUCAGUUCCUGUUUCGGAAACUGCUUACCCUGGGCAGACUCAGUACCAGACACUACAGCAGUCUCAACCCUAUGCUGUCUACCCUCAGGCAACCCAAACGUAUGGACUACCUCCUUUUGGUGCAUUGUGGCCAGGUAUGAAACCUGAAAGUGGUUUAAUUCAGACUCCAUCUCCAAGUCAACACAGUGUUCUUACCUGCACUACAGGGUUAACCACAAGCCAGCCAAGCCCAGCACAUUAUUCUUAUCCCAUUCAAGCUUCAAGCACAAAUGCCAGCCUGAUAUCCACUUCAUCUACAAUGGCUAAUAUUCCAACAGCAGCAGUUUCCAGCAUCUCAAACCAGGACUAUCCUACCUAUACUAUCCUUGGUCAGAGUCAGUACCAGACGUGCUACCCCAGCUCCAGCUUUGGAGUCACAGGCCAGACUAGCAGUGAUGCUGAGAGUACCACAAUAGCGGCAGCCACAUACCAGACCGAGAAGCCUAGUGUCAUGGUACCCGCACCUACAGCACAGAGACUUUCUUCUGGAGACCCUUCGACAAGCCCGGCUUUGUCCCAGACUACACCAAAUAAAGACGCUGAUGAUCAGUCCAGAAAAAACAUGACUGGCAAGAACCGGGGCAAAAGGAAAGCUGAUGCCAGCUCUUCCCAGGACAGUGAAUUGGAACGGGUAUUUCUGUGGGACUUGGAUGAAACCAUCAUCAUAUUUCACUCUCUUCUUACUGGAUCCUAUGCCCAGAAGUAUGGAAAGGACCCAACAGUAGUGAUUGGCUCAGGUUUAACAAUGGAGGAAAUGAUUUUUGAAGUGGCUGAUACACAUCUAUUUUUCAAUGACUUAGAGGAGUGUGACCAGGUGCAUGUGGAAGAUGUGGCUUCUGAUGACAAUGGCCAAGACUUGAGCAACUACAGUUUCUCAACAGAUGGUUUCAGUGGAUCAGGAGGCGGUGGCAGCCAUGGUUCCUCUGUGGGUGUCCAAGGAGGUGUGGACUGGAUGAGAAAACUGGCUUUCCGCUACCGAAAAGUGAGAGAAAUCUACGAUAAGCACAAAAGCAAUGUGGGUGGCCUGCUCAGUCCCCAGAGAAAGGAAGCACUGCAGAGACUGAGAGCAGAAAUUGAAGUUUUAACAGAUUCCUGGUUAGGAACUGCAUUAAAGUCCUUACUUCUCAUCCAGUCCAGAAAGAAUUGUGUGAAUGUUCUGAUCACUACAACCCAGCUGGUUCCAGCUCUGGCCAAAGUUCUCCUAUAUGGGCUAGGAGAAAUAUUUCCUAUUGAGAACAUCUAUAGUGCUACCAAAAUUGGUAAGGAGAGCUGCUUCGAGAGAAUCGUGUCUAGGUUUGGAAAGAAAGUCACGUAUGUAGUGAUUGGAGAUGGGCGAGACGAAGAAAUUGCAGCCAAACAGCACAACAUGCCUUUCUGGAGAAUCACAAACCAUGGAGACCUAGUGUCCCUCCACCAGGCUUUGGAGCUUGAUUUUCUCUAAGAACUGGAAUGAAGACCCUUCCCCAUGAGCUCCUUUCCACUCCUGAAGGGAGCUGGAGACUGAAACUGUCUGGGAACUCUCUCUGUCUCUGUCUCUGUCUCUGUCUCUGUCUCUGUGUGUGCGUGUCUCUCUCUCUUUCUCCACGGAACACUGGUGAGAACACAGUCAGAACCAACAGCUGCAAGGGAUGAAGCUUAUUUUUGCUAAGAGUGAGCUGCAGCCCCGUGUUCAUCCUCGUGUAGAGGCAGGAGACAGUUGGAUUGAGAGAACAAUGGACUCACCGCAGCUACAGUGCUUUUAAUUCUUCUGGUUUUUGUUUUGUUUGAUUUUGUUUCAAAAAAUGAAGAAAAGAAAAGGAAAUUCUUGGGGCAGAGUUGCACUCUUAGUUCACGACCAGUUUGAGAACUGCUCUGAACUUGCAGUUAACAGGAUAAAUGUGGCAGACUUUUGUGACACCAUCUCUUGCAGUCUUUGUAAUCUCCUUAGCUGUAGAACAUAUUCCCAGGGAAUGUACAUGUUAUUUUUAUAGUUAAGGGUCUGGUCUCUGAAGCAGGUUUUCCCUCCUUUCUUUUUCUAGCAAGAAAGGGGUGUGUAAAGUUUCCUUGGAAAAUAGCGAUUGAAAUAUCUAAAAUACCUCUCUGUGACAGUAGCACCUCUUUAGCUGCUCCAGUGGUCUGCUCUCUAGGGUGGUUUCCUUCCUGUUCUUCCAUCUCCUAGUUUGCUGAACUGUGGGGCACUGGACACUGAUUAACUUUAGACUUUGGUGUUUCCCAUCCUAGAAGCCUUAGUCGCUUUUCCAAUCCCUGUCCCCCUUUAACCAAAUGGCACAACCCUAGAAGUUCCCCCUCUUAAGACAGUAAAUUCUAAGCCUUCAGCUUGCCUCUAUCCAAAGGCUGUGUCCCAGUGGGCUUACCUCCAAACUGGAGGAAAAGGACUAAGGCUUCGUAUGAAUUUCUGCUGCUUUGGCUCUUGGAACAAGAAGAUUCCAUCUUUUCCUCCUGCAGAGAAGCACCCUUCCCCAACAGAUGCUCACCCCUACAGCCUUCUCUUCCUUCUUAGUCAUCGGUACUAGAUUCUUGCCCCUUUCCUGCCUUCUGUACCUCACAUCCACCUCCAUGCAGCUCUGGCCAAUCCUUUGGCUUUGGACCCAAGAAGUUAAAUCAAGUCUAAGAAUAGACUCCCAACUACAUUUGACUUCCUUUGAAGCCCUUAAGCCAAGAAAGGUAUUCUGGGCAUAUAUUUACCCAGAUCUCUGCCUGCUUCUCAAAUCCCAUUAUAAAAUGGGAAAACAGAAGGCCAGAAAGACUUUCCUGAUUUAAAUGAGGGUGCUGGAACCCUAUUCGAUGCCUGAACAUUUACUCCUGGGCCAAAUGGAGGAACAUCUCUCACCCUGACCUCUGGGAAGAUCGGUGGGUGCCGGGCAACUAAUCCCAGCCUUACAGCCCAGCUGUGUUUGUGGAUGCUUCAUCCCUCCAAGACCAACCAGGGCAUCUGCUCAGGCACGAUCAACUCCCUAGAGCUGAGGAAGUUCAGCCUCUCCCAGGCUGCAUGGAGAAAGGUAAUCAUCUAAGCACCUCAGGUAUGCAGUCUGGGUCCUCAGUAGGAGGCAUCCCUUGACCAACCCCAGCUAUAAUUGCCUGCCCUCCAAGAUACUGCAUAUCCAUUUCCAGAGAUGUUGCAGCAUAAAGAGGCCAGACUCCUUCCAAUGCCAGGCCACCCAAAUAGCAGCAGAGAAAGGCUGAUAUACACAUUCCUUCAGAACUGAUUGAGAAAGUGCUUCAUUACUCACAAUUUUAGGGGAACAGUUUUGGGGGAGGAGUUGAAGUCAGUGCUCAUGACUCAGCUGCCUCUUUGGCCUUGUCUCCAUUGGCAGGUGGGGGAAGAGACGGGGCAUGUACUCUGAGGCCAACUUUCCAUGGUCUAUGUUCAGCAUAGCUGUCCAGAUGCUGCUCCGCCUUGCUUGAUAAUUGAUCCUAGAAAUCUCCAUGAUGGGUCUUUCUUCCAGGGCCCAAGCUCUCCCCAUACUGGCAGUAUAACUGUUGGUUUCUUGCACUGGACAUAGGCCAUCUGGUUGGCACUAUACUUCAGGCUCGUGAGGCUGUGGAUGUGGGUACCCCCAUCGUGCACAUAGGUCCACACGCAAACACUUCCCUCUCCCUGCCCUUUGGGAGAAGCUCUUUAUCCCUGUAAUAUGACUUGGACCCCUCUUUCAAUGGCAUUUCCUCCUCCCUGCCGUGACUGCCCAGCUUCAGUCUUUGCAAAAGGAACUUGAAAUUGGCUAAAAGAGGUGAGGAAGCUCUAUUGAGCAGAACAACCUCUGCAUUUUUCUGGUUAUUGCUGCCCUCCUUAUAAGGCAGACAGAAGGUGGGAGCUUCCUGAUUCCUCUUUGCCAAAGUGAGUUGUCCAGAGAAUGCAGUGUUCUUCUUUUACCCUGUGUUUUCUUCCUCCCCAGCACAAAGAUCUGGAAAGGAGAGUAAGUGGGUAGCACCAAGAGCUCUUGGAAGCUGAGGGCCAAAGGAUACAGUGGGUCAUUUCUUCAAGAGGGAAGCCUCUUUAUGUGAAAGUGUCCCCAGGAAAUUAGCCACGUGAUGAGUCUGUCCCCCAGCUGGGCACUGUGGGUUCUAUAAGAUGGGUCUGCACAUUUCACGGUGAGGACUGUCUCUAGUACGGGAUCUGAAGUUGUCAGAUGUGUCCUGGGUUUAAGAGGUGGCUUGACUUUCGAAUGUAAAACUGACUGUGCCUUAGCAUCACUCUGUCCCAAUGCCCCUGGGGCGGCUGCUGGUGUCCAGGAGAAUAGAUGCCUGUUCCAGAUUUAGAUGCCUAUUUGGGCUUUUAUUUGGUUUGGGGUGUUCCUGUCUUCUGCAAGUUGGGGGUGGGGGGCAAAGCUAGUGUCCCAGGAGACUUGUGCCACAGCUUGUUCGCAGUUUACACAAACUCACCUUUAAAGCUCCAGGUAGAACCUGAUUGGCAAACUCUAGCUGCAGCAUGUGGAGCACCAAGAUGUUCACUGCUUUGAAUGGGUGUCAGUGCCACUGAACCAUGGGGGAGAGGAGUAUAGAGGCAGAGCCACAUUCUUCCCCUUCCUGGUCUAAGCCAACGGUGGUGAGCUUGGGUCUUCCUCUCCUAACUCCUGUAGAAGGGGGGCAGUUAGGGGCCUUCUUGAGGAGGCUUCUACUUCUUACCACUAAAUUGGUUUCCGUUUUCAUCCAAAAGUUGGAACUCUCCAGAUGUUCACACUUACAAAGAAGCCAAAUCUGAAUUCUGGGAUUCUAAAAUAUCUUAAACUAUGAGGGAAAAUCUAGUUCUGUCCCAUCCCUGAUUAGCAGGCCCUCUGUCCCUUCCUCUCUGAGUCAGCUCCAACAAGCAAGGCUCCUUGGCUAGUUUCUGAUGCACUGACAGGAGCCAUCUCAUUAAGGAUAACUUCUAUUCAAAACAUGACCCUCUGGACUUCUGAUGCCUCAUUUAGCAGGAGAAGGCAUUGAGUGGAUUGGAUAUAUUUAUGUGACUGCGGGCAUUCGUGGCUGUGUAGAGUCCUUGACCAUAAUGUUAUAUGUAAUGGGAACUAUCUUAUAAACUUGAAAGAAUAAAGUUUUUAUUUUCUAUA